AUGUCAUUAGUGAUUGCGAUAACUGUUCGGGUGAGGAGUGAAUAAAGCCAUCAACAGAGUGUUGCGCCAAGUAAGAGUUGAUUUAAAGAAUUUUUCCUUAAGCUAAACUACCGUUUUGUAAUCUGGUAAUAUUUUUGUUCUUCUGCUUUAUUUAUCUUUAUUGAAAAAAUAUUUGGGCAAUGAAAAAAAAAAAAUACGGUAAUUUCCUUGCUCCGAACUCCGAUCCCGAUCUCGUGGAAGACUGGGUUCUACAUAAUUGGGUUUUUUUUUACCAGUCGAUAUAAGCUCGGUAAUCUUCGUUGGCUCGAUGCUUGAACGGAAAAGUUCGUAAGACGUUUUCGGCGCAUAGCAAUGGCGACAAAUAAAGAAUAAAAGAUGGCGGAGAUAAACGGAGAAACCUCGGUAGAUAAAUCGAACUUUCACGUCGUAAAAACAUAAUGGAUGACCUAUAAUUCCUUGCUUAUGAUUCUUGAAUAUUUUUCCUUAUAGAUGGAGGCAGUAGAGGGCUGCAGAAUGCCUGUAAAAAUGAGUGGAUCUGACGAAUGGCGUAAGUGAGACAGUUCAUGAAAGUGAAAGCGGACGUUCACCUUUUCCCUGAAACGUUGUUCUUAGUUUGAAAAAUGUUCUUUUUCCUUCAGCUUUAGCUGAGAUACUGAGUAAAAAGGAGCUUGCCGAUGGUUCAACCCAUUAUUAUGUGCAUUACAUUGACUGUGAGUACUGUGUUUUCUGACUUUUCUCUAUUUAUGCUCAAGCUAAAUACUCGCUUGCUUUCGUGGAUAUUUUCGUCGUCAUCGAGUAUCUUAACAACCAAGUUUUAUUUUAAACUCAUUAGAAAAAUAUAUUGGCCAAACUUUAUUUCGCUUCUAUUAUUUUUUAGGUAUUUCACCUGUACAGAGCAUUUUAUUCCAACUCUAUAUUUUUUUUUCUAAAAAUUUAGUUCAGGCGGAUUUUCAAGAUGGCGGACGCAUAGAUUUCAGUCCCAUAAUGCAUCUCUUUCUAAAUUCCACCCAGAAAAGGUCGCCUUUGAGCAUUGCUGUUAGCAAAGGGAACAUAAUGUUUCUGUUUGGCAAAGAUUUUAGACUGAAGGGGAAAUCUUCUGAGAUUAUACAGUGUCUGGAAGGGUAUUCUUGGCAUCCAGGAUUUAACCAAAAUACAGCACGGGAUUUGGGAAUACACAUAAUUUCUUUGACGGGAUACAGGAUUUAAUUGCUACCCAGAAAGUGGGAUCUGCCAAAAUUUUGGUUGAGGAUGCAGGAUUGUUGGAAAAAAAGUAGCGGGAAUGCAGACCCUGAUUAUAUGCACAAGAUAUUAACCCUUUAAGUCCCAAUAUCGACAUACAAAUUCUCCAAACUGAUCUCUAUAUAUUUCCUUAAAGAAUGAGUUGAGAGAAUUUGAUAAAAGAUCAAAGCAUUUUCUCUUAGGUGAUCAUUUUAUUAAUUCUCAUAACUUAAUCUCUUGACAAUGUAUGGAUAUUGUUAGGAGAAAAUUAAUGUUGGCCACUAUUGGGACGUAAAGGGUUAACAGGGUUGUCAACUCCCAUANUUAAUUGCUACCCAGAAAGUGGGAUCUGCCAAAAUUUUGGUUGAGGAUGCAGGAUUGUUGGAAAAAAAGUAGCGGGAAUGCAGACCCUGAUUAUAUGCACAAGAUAUUAACCCUUUAAGUCCCAAUAUCGACAUACAAAUUCUCCAAACUGAUCUCUAUAUAUUUCCUUAAAGAAUGAGUUGAGAGAAUUUGAUAAAAGAUCAAAGCAUUUUCUCUUAGGUGAUCAUUUUAUUAAUUCUCAUAACUUAAUCUCUUGACAAUGUAUGGAUAUUGUUAGGAGAAAAUUAAUGUUGGCCACUAUUGGGACGUAAAGGGUUAACAGGGUUGUCAACUCCCAUAUCUUCAAAUAUUGAGAAUUGAUAGGGAAGGGAUGAUAGAUGAUGUCAUAAUGUACAGCACAUGAUGUCAUUUGUGCAAAAAACACUUGUUGACUCAGAUCAUCACAAAUUUGCAGUGACACAAGACGCGCGAUAAAUAUGUUGGCAUAUUUGUAACAUUUGACCUGAUUGGUAUCACAUUAUUAUAUUACAGUAGCAUACUGGAGUUAAUGAGGAAACGUUCGAUGUUAACAUUAAAAUUGCUCAAUAGGUUAAAAUAGCUCUGUGCCAUUUUUGAUAUGUAUAACAUACCAGCGAGAUGCACUUUGCUCAGAACACAGGCAGCCCAAGCUUGGUACAUAAAUUGCUGCGAGUUUCGAUACUGUUUGCAUAUUAUGAACGAUUUAAGGACUUUGUACGAAAAAUUCAAUAUAGUUGUUAAAAUGUAGAAAUACAGGCACAAAUAUAGAAAUUACGUAAACUUGGGCCUGUUGUAAGUUGCUUUUUCUGUGUAACCUGGGCUCAAUUAUUCAUCGCCAUUUUAUACGGUUUUGCGGCUCGUUGUUUGUUCAGUGUUGUUUUCCUACAUAAAGCGAAGCAAGGCAGGUGACUGUGUGCAGUCUCAACUCACAAAUCUCUCCCACAUCAAAGAACCGCAGACUGAUUCACCAUGAAAGCGCCAAAUCCUUAAGGCCAGGUCAGUCUCUUAUCUCUUCCCCUGGUCAUGGGUGUUGCAAUAAUGUGCUUUUUUGUGGGAAAAUUUUUUGGAAGUUUUUGGUACUGGGCAAUCUGAUGGCCCUCUGGAACCUUGAUGACUAUGUGUAACACAGAGAAUGCAAACAUGGACUUGGGAUCCGGGUAAUCAAUAUUGCAUGACAAAACAGGGAUCUUCCUACCCUCAGAUAGUCUACUGAUUGCCUGUGAGCAGUGUUUGGAAUUAUCCAAUUAGAUGAGCGUAUAUAAAAUGUUUGCAUUCAUCAUGCAACACGUAGUCAUCGAGGUGCCUGAGUGCACGUCAGAUUGCCCAGAGCCAAAUAAAAUGGCGAUGAAUUGAGCCCAGGUUACACAGAAAAAGUAACAACUGGCCCAAGUUUACAUAAGUACAAUAAAUAAUUUAUUUCUAUAUUUAUGCGUAUAUUUCUGACGUUUUAACAACUAUAUUGAAUUUCUCAUACAAAGUCUUUAAAUCGUUCAUAAUAUGCAAAACAGCAUCGAAACUUGCCGUAAUUUAUGCACCAAGCUUUGGUCGCCUGUGCCCAGAAUAAUUAACAAUUAAUGAAUUAAGCUGAGUAUCUUAUGAAGAAUUACGGAGAUCGAGGAGGGUGUUAUCCGUUGACGCUGCAGGCCGAGGCGGAUAACACCUUCCGAGAUCUCCAUAAUUCUUCAUAUGAUACGAAAGCCGAAUUCAAUAAUUGUUUUAUUAUUCAUUCAAAAUAAUUCCUAGUUUAAAAACAUAGCUAAAACAUGUUUACCUCCUUAAGAUCCAUCAAUGUUAAGUUCAUCUUCGAUAGAGCACAUUAGGUAGUAAAAAUAGUAGAUGUCGCCCUUCGAGUUGUCUUGCUGUUCUUUCCAUGUUUUUAGCUGUUAUUUCGCUUAGUUCUUACUCUCGAAACGAGUGAAGUGUCCGCCAUUUUUGUUUCCACAACCAAAAUAACUCAACCUCGUCCCCAGGUCUUUUCGGUUAACAGUGCAUUAACCUGCAAAAACGCUGCAUUUUUGACAUCAUUUCCUCGCUAAACACAAAAUUCUUCCAAAUUUGGUCAUCAGCAACUGGUUAUGGUGAAUUAUGUGUGUGCUUUUAGCCAAUCAGAAUCGGGGAAAUAUUUUGAAUGAAUAAUAAUAGAUGUUUAAAUAUGUACGUCUAUAGUUAACAAGCGUCUUGAUGAGUGGGUCGAGGAAAGCAGACUAGACCUGUCAAGGCUUCAGUUGCCAAAAAAAGAAGACACCAAAAAGACUAACAAGGGUAAAGGUGCUGGUUCAAGGCCAUGCUCACCUGACAGGGAGCUUGUAAAUGGUGUGGGAUCUGGACGACCUAAAGCCAUUGUUGGCAGAAAGAGAAAAGCAAAUGCUAUGGACAAGGCCCCUGAUGAGGUACAUGGAUUAAUCUUUACAGUAUUAUGAGAAAUAUCAAUUUUGCAAAGAAAUCUUUCUGUGGGUGUGUCAAAACAUCUUUAAUUCUCAAAUGCAAUUAGACAUAGAAGCUGAGUGUGUAGGGUAAUAAUGAAAACACUGACAGCACCAACCAUAGGUCAAAGUAACACACGAGAAAUCAAAGUCUUGAUUGAAGUCUUGUAUUCAUCCCAACCCCCUACCCAUCUUAUCAAAGGGGAAGCAGGCCCAUGGCCAGAUUUUUUCAGGGCAGAGGUGGUGAAUCCAACAAGGAGAUAGACCAAAUUAGGCCAUAGGUGCAAGUUUUUUUGAGGAAGAAUUAGGUUGUCUGAGCCUGCAUUCUGAAGGGGUUAUUAAGAUAUGAAAAGUGAACCUAAAACGUGGAUAUUUCUCAAAUUUUUGAAAAAGAUUUCUUAUGUAUGUGUGGAGCAGUUGUAGAGAAUAACAAGUCAAAGUCGCUAUUUUUAAAAGAAAAAAUGAAGUUUUGAAUGCGUACUAUUCACCAGUUUUACUGCUGAUCAUUAUAACUGCUAGUUAGUGUGCCAAGCUCAAGCCCCCUUGUCAGGUACAUGGUAUACACGUUUUUUGUUAACUUUACAACACAAUCAGAGCAAUACCAUUUCUUAUUAAUUUUUAUUAAUUUUGUUUUAAAUUGUUGGUUUCAACAAAAAAGUGGACCUCUGGAGCCUGUGGUGGGGAGAGUGCAAGCACCAUCAUUGCUCCCCCCGGCCCUUAGCUCUGGGUCUGGGAUAGUGGGCAUAAAGCAGCCUAUGUGUAAACCAAAUUGAUGAAGUGGUAUAGUAUCACCAAGAGAGUGGUACAGUUACUGGAGCUACUGAAAACAACAUAUAACCACUCCUUGAUAAACCUGAGAGACUACUGGUCAUUAUAAGGCUUAGGUUUAAGUAAGGCCUAAGUUAUGUUCAACUACAAUCUUGCAAAAUGAAAUUUAGUUUUUCCAAGGAAUAGAUUUCAUGGGUGCCAGAUAGGACCGUCAAUCUCUGGUCAAUUAAAAGAGUUUUUGAAGAGUGACUUUGGUUGCAGUAAAUUGAGAACUGAAAGCUUUCAGUUAAUGCUAAAAUAAAGUUUUGUUUUACAUUAUUGCUCAUUAGAUUGAUUCCCAAGACAGUCCCAAAGAGCUUCCCAGUACUCCUCCUAAAACAGGAAGCAUGCGGCAGACAGGCAGUAUGGUUCAUGACCGCAGUCAUGACGACAUUGUAACACGAAUAAAAAAUAUCAAGAUGGUCCAGCUUGGAAAAUACAGAAUUAAACCAUGGUAUUUCUCACCGUAUCCCCAAGAGCUUACUCUGGAACCUGUUGUUUAACAGAAGGCCGCCAAGUGUACGACCUGUAGACCGGUUUGUGGUAAGUUUUAGCUCUUUAUAGCACGACAGUGACCAGAAAACCACUCGACUAGCUUCAAAAUGCGUUUUUCGGCAAAAUCUCCAGGAGCGAAUGGGUUAAAAUAGCUCUGUGCCAUUUUUGGUAUGUAUAACAUACCAGCGAGAUGCACUUUGCUCAGGACACAGGCAGCCCAAGCUUGGUACAUAAAUUACUGCGAGUUUCGAUACUGUUUUGCAUAUUAUGAACGAUUUAAAGACUUUGUAUGAGAAAUUCAAUAUAGUUGUUAAAAUGUAGAAAUACAGACACAAAUAUAGAAAUUACGUAAACUUGGGCCUGUUGUAAGUUGCUUUUUCUGUGUAACCUGGGCUCAAUUAUUCAUCGUUAUUUUAUGCAGUUUUGCGGCUCGUUGUUUGUUCAGUGUUGUUUUCCUACAUAAAGCGAAGCAAGGCAGGUGACUGUGUGCAGUCUCAACUCGCAAAUCUCUCCCACAUCAAAGAACCGCAGACCGAUUCACCAUGAAAACACCAAAUCCUUAAGGCCAGGUCAGUCUCUUAUCUCUUCUCCUCGUCAUGGGUGUUCCAAUAAUGUGCUUUUUUGUGGGAAAAUGUUUUGAAAGUUUUUGGCACUGGGCAAUCUGACGUGCCCUCUGGAACCUUGAUGACUAUGUGUAACUCAGAGAAUGCGAACAUGGACUCGGGAUCUGGGUAAUCAAUAUUGCAUGACAAAACAGGGAUCUUCCUACCCUCAGAUAGUCUACUGAUUGCCCGUGAGCAGUGUGUUUGGAAUUAUCCAAUUGGAUGAGCGUAUAUAAAAUGUUCGCAUUCAUCAUGCAACACGUAGUCAUCGAGGUGCCUGAGCGCACGUCAGAUUGCCCAGAACCAAAUUAAAAUUAAUGGCGAUAAAUUGAGCCCAGGUUACACAGAAAAAGUAACAACAGGCCCAAGUUUACGUAAGUACAAUAAAUAAUUUAUUUCUAUAUUUAUGCCUAUAUUUCUGACAUUUUAACAACGAUAUUGAAUUUCUCACACAAAGUCUUUAAAUCGUUCGUAAUAUGCAAAACAGCUUUGAAACUUGCUGUAAUUUAUGCACCAAGCUUUGGUCGCCUGUGCCCAGAAUAAUAGAUGUUUAAAUAUGUACGUCUAUAGUUAACAAGCGUCUUGAUGAGUGGGUCGAGGAAAGCAGGCUAGACCUGUCAAGGCUUCAGUUGCCAAAAAAAGAAGACACCAAAAAGACCAACAAGGGUAAAGGUGCUGGUUCAAGGCCAUGCUCACCUGACAGGGAGCUUGUAAAUGGUGUGGGAUCUGGACGACCUAAAGCCAUUGUUGGCAGAAAGAGGAAAGCAAAUGCUAUGGACAAGGUUCCUGAUGAGGUACAUGGAUUAAUCUUUACACUAUUAUCAGAAAUAUCCAUUUUGCAAAGAAAUCUGUGGUGGUUUGGGAAAGUGCAAGCACCAUCGUUGCUCCCCCCUGCCCUUAGCUCUGGGUCUGGGAUACUGGGCAUAAAGCAGCCUAUGUGUACGCCAAAUUAACAAAGUGAUGUGGUAUCUACAUGAGAGUGGUACAGUUACUGGAGCUACUGAAAACAACACAUAACCAGUCCUUGAUAAACCUGAGAGACUACUGGUCAUCAUAAGGCUCAGGUUUAAGUAAGGCCUAAGUUAUGUUCAACUACAAUCUUGCAAAAUGAAAUUCAGUUUUUCCAUGGAAUAGAUUUCAUGGUCAAUUCCUGGGGGUGCCAGAUAGGACCACCAAUCUUAGGUCAAUUAAAAGAGUUUUUGAAGAAUGACUUUGGUUGCAGUAAAUUGAGAACUGAAAGCUUUCAGUUAAUGCUAAAAUAAAGGUUUGUUUUACAUUAUUGCUCAUUAGAUUGAUUCCCAAGACAGCCCCAAAGAGCUACCUAGUACUCCUCCUAAAACAGGAAGCAUGAGGCAGACAGGCAGUAUGGUCCAUGACCGCAGUCAUGACGACAUUGUAACACGAAUAAAAAAUAUCAAGAUGGUCCAGCUUGGAAAAUACAGAAUUAAACCAUGGUAUUUCUCACCGUAUCCCCAAGAGCUUACUCUGGAACCUGUUGUUUACUUGUGUGAAUUUUGCCUUAAAUAUGUCAAGAGUUUCCAUUGCCUCAAGCGACACAAGGUAGUAUACCUUUAACAAGGCUGUGCUCUAAGGAAAAUUGAAGGGAGCCCAGUGCCCUGAAACUGUAAAAUCUAGGAUGCCCAGCAUAUGAUUUGUAUGAAAAAUCUGAGAUUUUCUAGUNGCAUGAGGCAGACAGGCAGUAUGGUCCAUGACCGCAGUCAUGACGACAUUGUAACACGAAUAAAAAAUAUCAAGAUGGUCCAGCUUGGAAAAUACAGAAUUAAACCAUGGUAUUUCUCACCGUAUCCCCAAGAGCUUACUCUGGAACCUGUUGUUUACUUGUGUGAAUUUUGCCUUAAAUAUGUCAAGAGUUUCCAUUGCCUCAAGCGACACAAGGUAGUAUACCUUUAACAAGGCUGUGCUCUAAGGAAAAUUGAAGGGAGCCCAGUGCCCUGAAACUGUAAAAUCUAGGAUGCCCAGCAUAUGAUUUGUAUGAAAAAUCUGAGAUUUUCUAGUCGCCUGAGGGCAAAAGUUAGGCGCCAGGGGCCACCGGGCUCUGCUAGAGCACAGCCCUGCUUUAAAUUAUCUUAAUUAUAAACUAAGGGUGAGUUCUUUUGGGUUAAUCGGGUUCAGGAUCAGUGAUCCUCAAAUGAGCCAACUAAUCCUUUAACAAUUAAUGUCGAUUAGUUGGUUUCUUUGAUGCAACAUGAUCCAAACAAUCUUAGGUCACUGAUCCUGAUUUGGAUUAUCCCAAUGGAAUACACUUUAAAUCUCGUAGUAAGAACAUGUGCUGUUGUUGGUCAAUUUUGAGACCCAUAUUGUACUCUAUGGCCCACCAAAAUGUGAAGGUUUUCUUUAAUUUCCCAUGCACCCAAUAAUUGAUGAUUAGGAGGAGAGUUGUGUUGGUCUUAUAGAGGCAUCAGUUAAGAAAGAUCUAGAGGUACUGUAUUUUGGAUUGGUUAUUGUUACAGGAAAAGUGCAAGUUACGCCAUCCUCCAGGAAAUGAAAUAUACAGAAAAGGAACAAUAUCAUUCUUUGAAAUUGAUGGUCGGAAAAACAAGGUGAGAGAGAAUUCCAUAAUUAUUUUCCUAGUCUCUGCUAUUAAUAGUCAACUGAUUUUCAUAAUAUUAAGGUUAUGUUCAAGUCUAACAGAAAAAAACAAUUAAAAAAAAUAGUAUAUUUGUGAAUAGAAUAAAAGGGCAAACCAUCAUAAUGUGGCACUUAGGAUGUAAAUUCUUUGAAUCUAAAACAAAAGUAAUAGUAUUAGUUAUCAGGGUUGUAGGUAACAGGGAUCCAGAUCUGGCCACAGGAUAACCAAGAUAGUAAUCUAGCAUGAACCCCACUACAGUGAACAUGGCCAAUGCUGUAGGGAUUGCAUCAAAAAAUUAAACUGCGUGGUCUGAUUUUUCAAAGAUGUAUGCACAGUUUUAAAAAGUGAUUUCAAUUAAAUUUUAUUUUUGUGUUCCAGGCAUAUGCCCAGAACCUGUGUCUUCUGGCCAAAAUGUUCCUGGAUCACAAGACACUGUACUAUGACACUGAUCCCUUUCUGUUUUAUGUCAUGACUGAAUAUGAUUCAAUCGGAUUUCACAUUGUAGGAUACUUCUCAAAGGUAAGACUGUCUCAAGAUAUAAAAAAAGGCCCAACACCACCAACAACAGACUUGCCAAACCCCAAAAGGCAAAAAAAAAGUGAGACUCUGAACCUAGAGCUGGGAAAAGUAGUGAGAAAUGGGUAAAAAGUCGUGAGAUGUCCCAAAUUUCCUAUUGGAAGGACUUUCAGGGGAGAUUAUGGGUAUUGGAAGUCACGUAUCACUUUAAAGCUGAAGCAGUAGACAUCAUGAUUAAUUUUAUGAGUUAGGUUUAAAAAUUUGUAAUUUCUGUGUUUUGUUGGCGGCCAUCUUGAGAGAAACAGCUUUACAUUGGGUGGCAGCGACAAGUGGCAGUAGGCUAGAAGAAUGCAAUCAAAUGCAACUGCUAAAUGUUGUCUUUGGAUUGAGCUGGCUAUCUUGAUAUCUGACUUGGAAACAGUCCUACAACUCCAAACCUUUUUGGAGUUUGACUUUUUGAGAAAGUGUGAGAAAUCAGUUCUAAACUCGUGAGAGCAUGAAAUAGGUUGUGAAAUCGUCAGACUCAUGACAAAGUGGUGGGACUUGGCGAGUCUGACCAACGACUCACAGUGUUUAAUGUUAAAUGGAGUCUCCCCUUCAUCCCUUAUGUAUUAUGAACGACAGGUCAAAAUUAAAUUCAGUUUAUUAACCUAGGUUGAUUUUCAAUUUGUUUGUCUCCUAGCCCUAAUUUCAUGAAUAAUAUUAUUAGGGAAAGGAGACGAAGGAAAUUGAGAAUCAACCUACUAGGUUAAAAAAUUUUAACCUGAUUAUAAUUUUGACCUGUAUAUGAAUAUAUAUAUGUACCUCAGGUCAAAAUUAAAUUCAGUUUAAAAUUGUUUAACCUCGGUUGAUUCUCAGUUUUUUUGGUCUCCUAGCCCAAAUCCAUGAAUAAUAUUAUUAGGGAUAGGAGACAUAGGAAAUAGAGAAUCAACUUAGCUAGGUGAAAAACUUUUUUUACCUGAUUUUAAUUUUGACCUGUUACACAUACAAUCAUGUGUAUUAGUGCAUUUCCCUGUGCUAGGUAGUUAAGGUAACUCAAGGUUAGCACAAAAUUUGUCAUUCCUUUUGCAAAGAAAAUUCCUGCAAAUUGGUUUGCCUACAAUGCUUGCAUCAAUUAAGGCUGUGCUCUGAGAAGAACUGAAGGGAGCCCUUGUGCUCUGAACCUGUCUAAUUCAGAUUGCCUAGCAAAAUGAUUUCUAUGAAAAAAACUAAGAUUUUCUAGAUGCACAGGAGCAAAACUUAGGUGCCAGGGGCCACUAGGUGCUACUGUACUGGAGCACAGCCUUGCUUGCAUGUUUAUUCCUUUGAGUCGCAAUAUCCACGUACAAAUUUUUCCAAACUGAUCUCUAUACAUUUCCUUAAAGAAUGUCUUGAGAGAAUUUGAUAGAAGAUCAAGGCAUUUUCUUUUUGGUUAUCAUUUUAUUAAACUCUCGUGACCUUUCUCUUGAUGAUGUAUGCAUAAUAUCAUUAAGAGAAAAUUUAUGUUGGUCACCAUUGUGUGGUUCCAGAAAAUAUCCAUACCCCCCCCACGGAUGGUUAAUGGAAAUUCCUAGGGGGUGGGGGGGCUAAAGGGUAGAAUUUUCCGAGGGGUACAGGGGGUGCCCACGAGAAAAAUUUUCCACAGGGUUGUAAAAGACGCGAUCGAUCAUACGAGACAUACUUAAGUAUAUGUGGAUUAUUUUGAUUUGUAGCACAACAAAAAUUAGAAGUAGAUGCCCUUUCGAGAAAAAAAACUACAAGAUGUUUGUCUCAAACGUCGAUCGUCUUCUUUGCUGGGAGUUCGCUAUCAUCUCCGCUCUAACGAUUUGUCCACACGCUCUAACGGAUUGCUCUUACUACCUAACGGUUGAUUCUAAACAGCUAACGGUCGGUCCGUCCAACCUUUGACUUUGACGAAGUCUUGAAAUAAAUAUUGUCUUUCGGGCAAAUCGAUCGCAAUUCUCAACAGGUUACUUCUCCGGGAAUAAAUUCUAGCGCAUCGAUUAAUAAUAAUUUAUUUAUGUCGAACAUGUAUCUAGAUUGUGGACUCGACUGCAGAUAGUCUGACAAAAACUUACGCUAAUCAAGAACAAACGUCGUCUAACUCGGCGAUAUAUUUCUCGAGUUUUGUGUAAACAACUUUAUGCAAAUUUCUGUUGACAUUCAGUGAGCUCGUCGCGACAAAGCGUUGCGUGACGACCCAAAUGAGACCUUUGCUGUAUUUUAUUAUUGACUNUGUCUUGAGAGAAUUUGAUAGAAGAUCAAGGCAUUUUCUUUUUGGUUAUCAUUUUAUUAAACUCUCGUGACCUUUCUCUUGAUGAUGUAUGCAUAAUAUCAUUAAGAGAAAAUUUAUGUUGGUCACCAUUGGGACUUAAAGGUAAAUUUAACAGAAAAAAUUCUUUUGAACUAAAUAAGCAGGAACCUGUGUUAAAAAUUAAGCCUCAGGUUUAUGAUAAUUAGCCUUUAAACAACCUGGCCCUGAAGGUCAUAGAGAGUGAGAGAUUGAAUUUAUAGGUGGGGCUGAGUACUGAGGACAGCAUUAACGUGAGUCUUUUCACUGAAGCAAUGUUACUUCUUCCUUGGCAGGAAAAAGAAUCAUCUGAAGAUUACAAUGUGGCAUGCAUUCUAACUUUACCUCAGUACCAAAGGAAGGGUUAUGGCAAGCUGCUCAUAGAAUUUAGUGAGUUUUACAGAUGUGUUGUACUAUAGCCAUAUUUACUUUUGAUGUCAUUUAACUUUAAUUAUGAAGCAAAAACCUUAUACAAGCUAUAUUAGAGGAUUUAAUGAUAACAGGACUUGACACCUUUAUGUGAGGAUUUAAGAUCUUACUGGAGAAGUGUUUUUAUUUGCUGUAUUGGGCUCCCAGAAAGCAAAGAUCUGUUUUUUCUUUUUAACUUGUGCCAAGGGACCAUUGGAGCAACACACACGAUUUUUGUGGCUACUCAUAUCACAAUUAAUAACUCCUCAUAUUUUGCGGCAGGGUACAUCAACUCACCACAAAGCAAAGUUGUCAAUAAGGAAGACACAACACAUUAAACAUUUCCACUUCUGUGAGGGCAAUUUUGCAGUUUUUGUAAACAUUUGUUUAAUAAUUAAUUGUUAAACAUUAAUUGAAUAAUCAAGGCUUUGCUCUAAGGAAAAUUGAAGGAUGCCCAGUGCUCUGAACCUGUAAAAUCUAGGGUGCCCAGCAUAUGAUUUGUAUGAAAAAAAAAAUAAUAAGAUUUUCUAGUUGCCCAGAGCAAAAGUUUGGCACCAGGAGCCACAAGGCUCUGCUAGAGCACAGCCCUGAUAAUUAAUGUAAUUACUGUUUUAUUCCCAGGUUAUGAGCUUUCCAAGUUUGAGGGGAAGACAGGAACACCUGAGAAGCCCCUGUCAGACUUAGGAUUACUAUCUUAUCGCAGUUAUUGGUCUCAGACCAUCCUGGAAAUUCUUGUUUCUCUCAAGGGUGGAGAGGAUGGAAGCCCCCCUGCUAUAACCAUCAAGUAAGAAUCAUGGAGUUUAUAGAAGUUUUUUAUACGUCAUAUAAGAAGUGUCACCCAAUGAAACCCCACCUUAUGACUCCUUUAUAACAUGGUUAAAUAGGUUAGUGAGGCUGUGUUUCCAUACAUCAGUAUUGUUAGCCUUGUUCUUGGGUUCUUAGCUUUGUGAUGUGCGCUUUGGGUAUCAAUAAAAACUAGGAGUUUAAUUUUUAAAAUGAAAAAAAGGCAGUGAAUUUAAUCCUUUGACCACUGCUUUGGCCAUUUUUGUUACUUUUUCAACAAUGCAUAUUUUCCUUUCUAAACCCAUUUAGCUUUCAGUGUAAGCAUUUAAAUUAGAAAACCGCGAAUUCAGUAGGGAUAGAGUUUUGCACAGGUAACUCAUUUUGGACAUGUUGUUUUAAACCUCCUGAUUAUAACAUUUUUCACAGGAGUGUUAUUGUAGGUUGUCCUCACAUAGUAAUUAAACUUGAUACUGUUUGAUGGAAUUUACCUCAAUUAAACUUAAGGGAAUUGACUUGGGUUAACAUUUUGUUUGACAGUGAUAUUUGUGAGACCACAAGUAUAAGAAAAGAAGAUGUUGUUUCGACUCUGCAGCAUCUUGGAAUCAUCCACUACUACAAAGGACAGUACAUAUUAAAUCUUUCAAAAGAAAUUUUAGAUGGGCAGCUAAGAUCCAUGUCAAAGAGAAAGAUUCGCAUUGAUUCAACGUGCCUUCACUGGACACCUAAAGACUGGGCAAAAAGGGGAAAGUGGUAAUAUAUAGAGGGGGAAUGUGAGUCUUCACUCUUCACUGGCUUUUGAAAAUAGAUGGGUAUUAGGGUGUCGCUGGACACCUGAAGAUUGGGCUAAAAGGGGAAAGGUCAGUCUUCACUCCUUCCUGACUUGUGAAAAUAGAUAGGCAUCAGGCAGUUAGUGUUACAUGUAAACCCCCAAUAUUCACAUCAAAGCUUAAACAUGUUCAAAAGCUGUUUGGUUAAACACUGCUGCCUACUGUACUUUUUUCAAUUGCAAAUUUAGUGCAAUCAUGUGAGGUAUUGAAGUUCUAUUGAAUUCUGUUUAAAAGCCUGUGUUCUAGUUUCUGUUACUAUUUCCAAUUUUUUAAAACCCAACUGUAGUUUAGUUGGUGUGAAUGAGGCAUAAGAUGGCUUUGAAGGGUAGUUGGUGAGAGGCCAGAUGUAAUAAUAAUUAUUAUUCAAUUAAUAAUAAUUAACAUGCAGAAGUCAGGAUGACAGAAGUCUGUCCUGUUUUUCUCCACAGGGGUGGGCGGGAAGAAGCAAUGUUUUCUCAAGAUAGGUGGGAUUGUAGACAAAAUGGAUAGACUUUUUCAGCUGUUUUUCUUUCAAUAAUAGUUACCCUCAAACAACCCUUGACUAUUAUUAACUCUUCCUUUUGAGGCUUGUUUUUAUAGCAUAAAUAACUAAAAAGACUCCCUUACAGAGUGCUAGUUCCAGUCAUAAAUAAUAAAGACACAUGUACAUAAAUGCACUUUUCUCCUUCACCUGUAUCUAAUUCAAGAUACAACCUUUACAUUUAUAAGCAAAGUGUAAAUAAUUUUGACAUGCUUGAAUGUAAAAUACUUUUGCUGCUUAACACCUUCAGUAAAGGUUAAUAAUUAAAUGAUGUCAAUUUUGGCAUCAGGAAAAGAUGUUGUCAUUAAAAACAUAAUAUUGUAAAGAUUGCUAAGUUUUUGUGUUGCCUCAAAAGAGAGUUGAGGAAGGGAUAAAAAGUGAAUUAUUUAUAUUUUUACAUGU